AUGGAGGGUGAGCCAUCCUCUGGUGCCUCCAAGGCCAACCCGUCUGCUAACCUGAGCGAAACGCCGGUCCGCGUCAAGGCUGUUCAAAGCGCGUCUUACAUGGAAGGCAACCUCGAUGCAGCUCGCAAAGCUGUGAUGAAAGAUCUUGGAACGACCGCACCGGAAGUCGGUGCGGACUUCUUUCGAACAUAUCUCCUUCCUCGGCUUCCCACAGGCGUUGACAUCAACCAGGUAGUCAACAAACUCCACGAAAAACACAUCAAAGGAAACCGUUGGGUGGCAUUCUUAAAGGAUCCAAAAGAUGCUGACGGGAGCGAGAAUGUCUGCUUUAAAUCUCUCGAAACUGUGGCAGCAGCCAUCGGGGAGGUCGCAAGCACGAUGACAGGCAAGAAACAGCUACUGAAGUUUGUCCAGAACCCAAACGACGCGCCCGAGUCCAGUACAAGGACGUCGAAAAGUCGCCCGGAUGGAUUUUUCAUUCGAAAUUCAGGGCCUGAGGGUAAAUUUCGAUGGAUGGACAUCGCGCUUUCCGCUGAAUACAAGAAGGUGGAGAACGCUAAAACUAAAGAUGAUCUGUGGCAGGAUGUACGAAAGGUAAUCUGGAGCAUGCAUCACUGCAUGCGAGAGGAUGCGAGACGUCGGUUCACCUAUGGGCUCACAAUUGAAAAUAGGACGAUGCGGAUGUGGUUCUGCAGCCGCACAGAGCUGCUUGUGAGCAAGCCGAUUGAUUUUAUGUCGGAACACCAUAAGGUCGUUCAUUUCUUCGUCGCGAUGAUGUACGCGGCUGAACAUGAGGCGGGAUGGGAUCCCACAAUGCAAUACGUGCGCAAGAAGAACGGGAAGAACGACGAGCUUGAACUUGACAAAGAGGAUAAACCCCGCCUCGACAUCGAUGUCCAAGAUCAGGAUGGAACAGUCGUACGAUAUCGGACGAUAAGAUGGUUAUCGGACGAAGGCGCAAAUGGUCUGCGAGGCAGGGGUACGCGUGUUUGGGAGGUGUGUAUAUUCGACAACGACGAGGAAGGUGACGAACGCUUCGCUCUCAAAGACCAGUACAUCGAUGCCGAUCGACAACGAGAAGGCAUGAUCAUCGAGGAACUUCGGAAUGCGAAAACAAAGAAGUCGAUAAGAGACAUUAUCGACCGAUCGCUACUCACUGUGGAACGUCACGGAGAUGUCUACGUGGAGGGCAUGCACGAUCAUACUCGCAAUCUCAUGACGCGCCGUGGCGAGCCGAACCCCUAUCUCAGCUUCAAACUCCAACAGAUACCGGAGGACGGAGAGACCAUGACAGCCAAGUUGAGCAAACAGGCGCCAGCAGGCGUGGGCCACUACCAGACCCCAGAAGAGCUGAGGACGGCUCCCGCACAGAAGAUCUAUACAUACCAUCCAAAAGUCCAUUACCGUAUCGUGUUCAAGGAGGUAUGCAAGCCACUUCGUGAAUACACCUCGCUUAAGGAAGUCUUCGAAAUUCUCAUAAAUGCUGCAUUUGCACUGGUGGCCUUGCAUGAGCUUGGAUGGGUGCAUCGUGACAUCAGCAUAGGCAAUUCCCUUGGUUUCGUUGUAAAUGGAGUGCUGUAUUGCAAGCUGUCAGAUCUCGAAUAUGCAAAGCGCAUGAAUGAUCGUUCGGGUCAUGAAAUCAGGACGGGCACUAGAUCGUUCAUGUCAGUCGAAGUCUACGAUAUGGAAUAUUGCUUUCUUCCGUCAGAAUUGGAUGAAACAGAGGCGCAAGAGACCACGCCACCUCCGAGUGAAGCCGAUCCCGACCAAGAGGCCCUGGACUGGCUCGAAUCCUUCCAACGUGGCAAUCCUGUGAACAUCAACAUGCCAAUCAGCAAGGAUGGCCCCAUCGUGCCCUUCAGGUACAAUCCCCUUCAUGAUAUUGAAUCCCUUUGGUGGGUGGCAAUAUACUUCGUUUUCAACAAAUCGGUGGUCAAGGUCGGUGGCGAACCCCCAUCCAUGGACGCCUCGCAGCGGGGACACUACUUCACUCAGAGAGGUUACACUGACUUGUUGACCACGUCGCCGCAGAAGAGACAAUCAGCGCUAGGGAACGAGCGUAACCUGAAGAACCAAAUCAUCUACUUACACUCCGCUGUACGAGAUAUUGCUCGCAAACUCAACGAGAUCAGGAAGCGACUAGUCAGCUGUUACCGAGAGGCUGAGAAAGCACCAGGCGCAAUCCAUCACAAAAUCGGCCAAGACCUACUUCGCGGCGUCUUCAUGCGAUUCUUCGCAGACAUUGUUGAUAAAAACCUCCGGGAAAAGGACAUUCAAGUCGACAUUCUCCCCAAAGAUCCACGACAAUAUGUCGAGGAUCCGUUCGAGAUCCCGACUCAGGCCGACGGUCAGGACGGCGUUACCGACGACAAUGGCCCCGCUGAUGAUGAUGGCACAGAACACAAUUCAGACGAAGGUGACCAGGGAUCCAGUCUCGCAGCUCUAAUUCGAGAGGUGAGCGUCGGAGACGUCGCCGAAGAGGCAACUGCCAAAGACGGCGCGCAAGGCGUAAUUGUCGAAGACUCUGACGCUGAACGAUCCGUCGACAAGGCUACCAGUCCAUCCGCCCCUCAAAUCUCGACAGGGCCCAUUGUCGAAGGACGCUCUACUCGUCCGCAGCGCAAGCGUGCUCCUCCCGUCCGAUAUACGGGGACAGAGUACAAUUUGAAGAAGGGCACGACGAGCAAGACCGCAUCAUCGUCAUCAGCUCCGACUACAGCAACACAGGCUGCAACGGGCCAAUCAACGUCACGGACUACGUCGAACACUAAGGCGACGACGAAGUCAAGCACGAAGGCAAAGACGAAGGCGAAGGCGAAAGCAAAGGCAAAGACGAAGGCAAAGACGAAGGCGAAGUAG